UUAUCUCUGGAGCAGCAAAUCAGCGAUGACAGGAAAACAAAUCGCUCUGGAAACUCUUCAGGAAGAGCUUAUAAAAGCCUGAUCCAGCACCUGUUCACAGCAGGCUUCUUCAGCUCUCACUGUGAAGACAUCACCGCCAACAUCGACAAACACCUCCAUCACAAUGUGGUCAUCUCUGGCAGCGCUGCUGCUCGUUUCCGGCGUGUGCCUGGCUGAUGAGCACCUGGCUUCAGGCCACAGGGGGGCACUGCCACCACCCCCCAGCCACCGCUCUCGUCGCAUGGUGGGGGGCUCCCUUGCCUACAACGUCCCCUGGCAGGUGCUGCUGUACUUUGGGGAUAACGUGCUGGACGGGGGGAUCGGAGGUGGAGCGCUGAUUUCUGAUCGCUGGAUCCUUACAACUGGAAGGAACCUUUUCGUCAACAAGAGCCGCCAGGCAAUCCAGAAACACCAAGCCUCCAUCCCUAAGGUGUACCUGGGCAUCACCAAACGGAGCCCACUAGAUCCGUCCAAGGAGGUGGCGGUUGAAAAGGUGGUGCUGCACCCGGGGUUCCAGAACACUUCGGAGUGGGACAACAACCUGGCCCUGAUCAAGCUGAAGGAUGCCGUGGUCUUCAGCAAGAGUGUGAUGCCCAUCCCUCUGCCCGAGCGGGGCCAGGACCUGGAGGAGCAGGGGGGCACCAGGGGCAUCGUGACUGGGUGGGGCUGGGGCUCCGUUUUCACCUUCUCCAACUUCCUGAAGUACCUGGUGCUCCCCGUGGUGGAUCGCAACAUCUGCCGGGCCGAGUACCGCCACGGCGGGCAGGUGCUGAAGGACACACCCAAGGUGGAGGAUCACAUGUUCUGCACCGGCGUCAGCCCCCUGGCAGAGAACGUCUGCUUCGGAGACGAGGGCGGCGUCCUGGCUGUCCUGGACCCCAAGGAUGACCAGGUGUACGCCGCCGGGAUCCUCUCCUUCGACAAGAGCUGUGCGGUGGAGAAGUACGCCGUGUACCUGAAGCUGUCUGCCUACUUGCCCUGGAUCCACAGCGUCAUGAGGGAGGACUCAGAGGAGUUCUCUGCCCUGCGCAGGGCCGCUGUGAUUGACAUGCUAUCCAAGCAGUGAGAGUGGGUUUUUAUCGGCGCCAUCACUUGAUGUGGUGCCAGAAAUUGCGCUGACAGGUUCUCCGCUUCAGAAAUUCAGUGUUCUUGACAGGUCAAAUGGAUUUCUUUGUUUUUGAUCUAUCCUUGAUGAUAUGUAGUAUAAAACAUUUAACUUGUCCUGGAUUUGAGCUGUGUGGAGUUAAAUUGCAAUUUAAGUGGUCGAACUGCAUGUUACACCCCUUGUGCUGAUUUAAAGAGUUUAUAUCAUAGACAUCUAUUUAUUAGAAAAUACAAUGUUGCCCUGCAAAUCUGAAGUGAUUUUU